UCGUUCUGGGAGUCACCAAGAACAAAUAGCUGCUGAAACACUGCACGUGUGUUUCAUCAGCGGAACUUCGUUGAGGAAGCACGGAUAGUUCUCUAUUUCCAACCAAUCCAGACCAAAUCAAGCACCUUUUACACAUCAGGAUGUGUGGUAUAUGGGCCGUGUUUGGUAGUGAUGAGUGCCUUGCAAUUCAGUGCACUAAUGCCAUGAAGAUCGCUCAUCGUGGUCCAGAUGCUUUCCGCUUUGAGAAUGUCAAUGGUUUCAUCAACUGCUGCUUUGGGUUUCACCGCCUCGCUAUAGUGGACCAACUGUAUGGCAUGCAGCCUCUGCGAGUCAAGAAAUUCCCCUAUCUCUGGUUAUGUUACAAUGGCGAGAUCUACAACCACAUCAAGAUGAAGAACCACUUUGAGUUUGAUUAUCAGACUAAAGUCGAUGGAGAGAUCCUUCUGCACCUGUACGAUCGUUUUGGAAUUGAGAAGAUGGCCUCCCUGCUAGAUGGUGUAUUCGCCUUCAUCUUGUUGGACACUGCUAACAGAAAGGUUUUCUUAGGCAGGGACACCUAUGGCGUGAGACCACUGUUCAGAAUGCUCACUGACGAUGGCUUUCUUGCUGUCUGUUCUGAGGCCAAAGGUUUGACAGAUAUCACACACUCCAUGUCUUCUCCUGCAAAGAUCACUCCCUUCCCACCAGGGCACUUUGAGGUGUUUAACUUGAAGCUCAGUGGAAAAGUCGAGUCUGUUGAGAUGGGUCGCUUCCACUGCUGCACAGAUGAACCCAAACACGCCUCCUAUAACAACCUUGAGGGUCUUGGCACAGGCUUUGAAUUGGAGACCGUCAAGAAAAACAUUAGGAUCCUGUUUGAAAAUGCAGUAAAGAAACGCUUGAUGGCUCACAGAAGAAUUGGUUGCCUCCUCUCAGGUGGUCUUGAUUCAAGUUUGGUUGCUGCGACACUUGUGAAACUGGCCAAAGAAGAGCAGCUGCCAUAUCCCAUUCAGACCUUUUCUAUUGGUGCGGAAGACAGCCCAGAUGUCGCGGCUGCUCGCAAGGUGGCAGAAUACAUUGGCAGUGAACAUCAUGAGGUGAACUUCACACCCGAGGAGGGGAUCCGUGUGCUGGAGGAAGUCAUCGUUCACUUGGAGAGUUUUGACAUCACCACUAUACGUGCCUCCGUUGGUAUGUAUCUGGUAUCAAAGUACAUCCGAGAGAAGACAGACAGCGUUGUGAUUUUCUCAGGUGAAGGUUCGGAUGAGUUGACUCAAGGAUACAUCUACUUUCAUAAGGCUCCAUCACCUAAAGCUGGAGCAGAGGACAGUGUGCGUCUGCUGGAAGAGCUUUACCUGUUUGAUGUGCUGAGAGCUGACAGGACCACAGCUGCACAUGGACUGGAGUUGAGAGUGCCUUUCCUGGACCAUAGGUUCACCGCAUACUACCUCUCUUUGCCUGAAGAGAUGAGAGUGCCUAAGGAUGGUGUGGAGAAGCAUCUCUUGAGGGAAGCGUUUAAAGGGAUGAACCUGAUCCCAGAUGAGAUUCUUUGGAGAAGGAAAGAGGCCUUCAGUGAUGGUGUGUCAUCCAUAAAAAAAUCCUGGUACACUAGCCUGCAGGAGCACAUUGAGUCUGAGGUGAAUGACUCUCAGUUGGAGAAGGCUGCUAAGCUGUACCCUUUCAACCCCCCCAAAACCAAAGAGGGUUUCUUCAUGAGGCAGGUCUUUGAGAAGAAUUUCCCCGGCCGCCACGAGUGGACACCACAUUACUGGAUGCCUCGCUGGGUCAAGGCCACAGACCCCUCAGCCAGAACCCUGGCCAUCUACAAGCCUGAUAAAGACGAGUAAUCGCAUCAAACUUCAGACCUUGGCUAAACAAUACAGUCACUACAGCAUGCAUGCAUACCUACCACAUGAAGCCCACUUAAAUGUAACCAUAAUAUAUUUUACUGCCUCAACAUUCUCUGUUCAGUUCACUUAAAUUUGUUUGUUUGGCUGGGUUGGUUAGUCUUUCCUAAAGAGAUUGGUUUUGUUAAAGGUCAGUUCUUCACAGGUCAGAGUGAUCUCUUCAGUUCAUGCAAUAGUUCAAAAGAUAAAAAUGGAGGCCCUGUCAACUUUUCAGGCCUUCAAUCUGCCUUGCAUACUCCGUUAGCCUGAUCUCCCCCCACUCUCACACACAAAUCUUUUUAUGGAGCUUCUAUGGAUAUUAACAAAAAAGUCAAAUGGAUUUGGGUUGGUUUAGCUUAUUGGUUAAAAGAACCCCUUAAGAAAUUUGCACAGUAAAUACUGUAGAAGUUGUUUCUUCUAAAAUAGUUUGUUACUGUAGUAAAGCUGUAAUAUUAAUUAGCACUUUCAAAGUUCAAGACAAAGAUAUUACACUAUUUAAAGAAGAUAAUACAAUCACUUAUUUUACAUUAGUAACUAGCGAUUUAUACAGUACUGUUCAAAAGUUUGAGGUCGGUUAGAUUUAAAAUGUUUUUGAAAGACUUUUUUGCUCACUAUGUAUUUUUUUUUUUUUAUAUAUAUAUAAAUGCAGUAAAAUGGUAAUAUUGUGAAAU